GACUGGAAGGGUGAAAGUGGACUGGAAGUGAAAGUGUCCGGACUGGAAGGGGGGAAAGUGUCCGGACUGGAAGGGGGUGAAAGUGUCCGGACUGGAAGGGGGGGUGAAAGUGUCCGGACUGGAAGGGGGUUGAAAGUGUCCGGACUGGAAGGGGGGGAAAACGUGUCCGGACUGGAAGGGGGGAAAGUGUCCGGACUGGAAGGAGGGGAAAGUGUCCGGACAGGAAGGGGGGGGAAAGUGUCCGGACUGGAAGGGGGUGAAAAUGUCCGGACUGGAAGGGGGGGAAAGUGUCCGGACUGGGAAGGGGGGGAAAGUGUCUGGACUGGAAGGGGGGAAAAGUGUCGGGACUGGAAGGGGGGGAAA